CCUACCAGCGCAAGGAGCUUAAUAUAUCUUUAAAACAACAAACAACAAAUGUCAAUAUAUGUGUAGUUGAGAAAACAGGUCGUGUUUAAUCGUUAAUAAACGUAAAACAACCGGUUGGGUGAGUUAAUCCCACUCCCGUGACCCGGUGCUUCUGUCUCUCCGCGUUCAUAACACCGACACGAAAACUAACCGAAGCCCCUCGGUUGAGCAACACGUUUAAUAUCAGCUCGUCCUUUUAAAAAAGUUAUUUGAAGUUAACUUUUCGGUCUGUAUGAACUCACCUUGGGACUCGGGAGGAGAUGCGUCGCUGCCAUCCUGGUCCGCCAUUUCUCCUGACGUCAGCUGACAGGGAUCAGGAACCCGAGGGACCUGCUGACAGGCCGGGACCCUCCCACGGACAGGUGGGGGACGACACAGCAGGAUAAAACCUCAUCGACAGACUGUGCAGGCUUACCCCCCCUCUGGACCCCCAGUGAAAUGGCUACGGAUUGGUGGGAGGAAAACUGAAACCAUGGCAACCAGCUGUUUGGCAAUUCCUCUGAUGGAGGAAGGGGAGGGAGAAGACAUUGGCCUGGAAGCACUCAUGGCUCUGCUGUCAGUCCUCACGCCUGUCCUGGCCGUGGUCCUGUGCCUGGUGAUAGGCUUCAUGCUGGUGAGGUCACGGGAGACAGAGACCACCUCGACCCCCUCUGGAAAAACUGAAGGGGCAAAAAAAGCAGACUUUAGAACGUGGGUGGACCAGGACUUGCAGGACGAUACAGAAAUCACAGCAAAAGAGGAAGAGGAUGGCGAUUGGGCGGACAGCCACGAGGAGGAAGACCUUCUACAUGUACCCUACUCACCACCACGUUACCCAGAGGAGACGAUGCUGCAGAGAUCCAAGGAUCUGUACACUCUGAUGAACCAGCGGAGGUCUGUGCGAUUCAUCAGCCCUGAACCAGUCCCACGAGAAGUAAUCGAUAAUGUCAUCCGUACUGCAGGUACGGCCCCUAGUGGAGCGCACACAGAGCCCUGGACGUUUGUGGUGGUGUCAGACCCCGACACAAAGCACCAGAUCAGACAGAUAGUAGAAGAAGAGGAGGAGGUCAACUACCGUCAGAGGAUGGGGGACAAGUGGGUCAAUGAUUUGGCCAAAUUAAAGACAAACUGGAUUAAGGAUUACCUGGAUGUUGCUCCAUAUCUAGUCCUUGUAUUCAAACAGACCUAUGGGAUUCUACCAAAUGACAAGAAAAGGACACAUUACUACAAUGAAAUCAGUGUCUCCAUUUCCUGUGGAAUCCUGUUAGCUGCCUUACAGAACGUGGGUCUCGUCACCGUCACAUCGACACCUCUAAACUGCGGCCCCCAGCUCAGGAUCCUCCUCAAACGGCCGGCCAAUGAGAAGCUGUUGAUGUUACUUCCUGUAGGUUAUCCUGCGUCUGACGCCACAGUGCCUGACUUGAAACGCAAGCCUCUGGAUGAUGUUAUGGUGCACAUAUAACAGAAUCAGUCUGUAAAGAAAAUACACAUUUGUUUAUCAUCAUCUUUGACCCAUCUGAAAAAUCAUCAAAAACAUAUACCUAAUGUAAUUAGAAAUGUUUUAAUUGAUCAGUCUAAAACUAAAGCUUAACAAUAAACAUACAGUAUAUGGAAGGAACAGAAAAAAGUGUCCUUGCAACCAUGCGUUGUGUGUAAGUCAUCAGAUACACAAAGCAACAUCGGAUUGACAAUCUUCUCUUUAAUACAAAUCCUUGAUUGACAAGUGUAGUUUAAUAGGCUAUUACUUUAUUUUUGAAUAAAGAUAAACCUACUGUUUAUAUCCUUUUUGUAUGUUUAUGUCCAGCCAAUCCUGUUGAGUUAAAAUACAAAUAAUAAACAUUCCACAAAGCUA